CCAGAGUUUAGUCCCAUCUCUAACGAGGAAAAUAAAAAUAAAGCCGGCUGACAAACAAUGAGCAGUCUCUUUUGCCCAGGGGCUGUCAUGAAAUAAAGGCCGAGAAAUGGAAAUAGUAUUGCCCCAGGAAGUGCACGAUGCGCAAAAGUUUCUGGACUGCGCGGAGCAGCUGGACUACGAUGAGUUCUCGGCGAAAAGGUUUGUAUUCUGCAAUGGCCACAGCGAUGUGGAUGUGUUCGAGCUGAUGGGCAACGACCGGCUGUCGCAGUUGAUCUACGGGUGGGAGGUGUGCCACCUGCCCACCAGGGGAUCCGAGUCCCUCGAGGAUCCUGCGCUGCGACACAUUGUCCUGGUUUUGGCCCACCACUCGCUGCAGAUGUGGUUCAGCCAGGAGUGGAACACCUGCUCCGAGGGCCUCAAGCACCUGCUGCUCUACAGCCUGACCAAGGCGGUGCCGGCGUUCUACCAGAUCGGCGACCUGGCUAACAUCGACUGGGCAUACAUCCUGCAGUUCCAGACGAAGCCCUGGAGUCUCCCGUACCUGCAGCAGCUAUUCCUCAACCUGAAGCUGAACAAACACCAGGCCAUCGAGCACACUGUUCCUGUGGCGGCCGGAGAAGACAUUGCCUUCCUGAUGCAGGAGGGCCUAUCGCUGAUCAUCCUGCGCCUCAUGCAACUCUUCAACGCUGGCAACUUUGAGGCCGUUAAACAGCUGGCGCUCCGAAUGCUGGCUGCUUGGCUAAAGGCCCACGAAGGCCCAGCUGCGUCCUUUGAACGGGAUCGGAGCUCAAUUACCCUAGUGGGGCACCUGUACCUCUUGACUAUUUUCGUGAGAGACGAAAACCGCGGCUAUGUGAUCGAUAAUUUGAUGUACAACAUUCGAUUCUAUGCCCAGACCAUGCAGGAAGCUUCAGUCUCCCAGGACAUAAACUUUACACCUGCCCGACUCAUUGCCCAGGUUUGCGUGCGUCUGCAACUGGGCAAGAACGGCUUCUUCGAGCAGAUUGGCUUCAAGAAAUUCAAGCUCAACCUGGUCACCUCCUUCGCCGUCAUGCUGGAGGCCUACUCCAGCUAUGUGCUGGGCAAUCUCCUCAUGGAGCUCCAGGCUCUCAAUGAGCACGAUUUCCUCGAGCACUUGCCGCAGUUCAAAGUACUAAUGUAUCGCUAUGUGGAGGAGCGGGAAAACAGCGAGCGCUUUCUGCUAGAGGAACUUAAGAAGAUGGAGAACCAGCGAAAUAGCCACUUCCAGCCACAUGUGGUGGAGCUGAAUCUGAACUACCAGCAGCAGAUAUGCAAAGGCAACCGGGCGAGUAAUAUUGGCAACUACAAGAACUGUGACGAUGACGAAAAGCCACCGCCCGAGGCGGACGAGGAGCAGGACAGGCAAAUAGAUCCGGUCUUCCAAAACGUACCCAAUAACGAGGAGGUUUUAACCUUUGUGUACAAGCUGCUGGCGGAACGAAACUUUUCUGGCUGGAAGUUUGCCAAGAUUGCGUUGCUGCUAAAGAUCAUUGGUCAACAGCUGAAUGCCAUAGAAAUAUGGCGCUAUCAUCCCGGACUAACCACCGAGUUUAUGCUCGAUUUGGAGCAGAAGAUGUCGACGAACUAUGCAGACUUGGCCAAAGUCUUCUCCGACCAUGGCUUCAUGGAGGCAGAGUUCUGGCUCACGGCCUUCUACCUCAACCCGAUUACUUUGAACUACAACGAGGUGAGGCGUUGUUCGCGCAUCAAGAAGAAGCGUCAGGAGGAGGACCACUGGCCGCCAGCGGCGUCCGCCAACAGUGUCAAGUACGAACUGCUGAGCUCCACCAUCGAUGUGGACGAGAUUGUCACCAUAACGAACCAUCACGCACCAGUGGCCGACUACGAUCCGGUGUACAAGUCGCUGCAGGCGCUCCGGCUGCCCCGCAGCAUUAUCAAGGACCUGCUGACGGUGGUCUUCCAGCCGCGGAACAAGCGCUACUCAUGGGCUCUCGACUGGCACACGCUGCACGAGCGAUGCCAUGCGCUGCUCAAGAGUCGCGACCUCAAGAACAAAUUCGUGUCCCUCAACAUGGCCGAGGCGGGCGACCACUUGCAGUAUCUGCAGAUCGACUAUGCCAAGUACCGGGAUCGACCGCAGCUGGACUACGGCACCAUCGAGGAGGGCUACGAGAAUGCGGCCAAUCUGCCCGAGGCGGAGGAGGAACCCGAACCGACGCCUGCCGAGGAUGAAGAGGCUGCUAAGGCCACGCAGCAGAAAAAGCGGCGACCAGCUAGACGCAAGUUCUGGGAUGAAGUGUUCUCGGAGGACGAGGAGGAGGCUGUCUCAAGCGAUUCGGAGCCCUAUUACACUGGCAAUGGCCGCCGCACUCGCAUUAGAGCCGCAGCCAUGGUGGCCAACGCUAUGUUGUCCGACAUGGAUCGCAGUGUUCGCGGUGGCCGACGAUCAAGCUCUCCAGCGUCCUCGGAAGAUAAAUCUGACCCGCACCAGGAAAAAAUCGACAAGGAGCAGGAGAUCAACGUUGAACCCGCAAAGCCACCAUCUCCAAACGAAGCAGCCGCCAGUGACGAGAGGCGCACAAUCAGCGAUCUAAUGGAGGCAAGGACGAAAUACAGCAACGAGACCGGCGGCUUUAAGGCCUUCGCCGACAUCUGGAGCUUCGAGAAGGAAGAGCUGCAGAACGUGGCCAGCGAGGGCAACAACCUGAUGGAGUGCAGCUCGGUGCUCAGCAAAUUCAAGAACUUUAAGUCCCUCAAGAUGACGGCUGCGGCCAAGGCUCCCGUGCAGCCAACUCCACAGCCACAGCCACAACCAAUGCAAAGGAUGGCUCGCACAGGAUCGGAAACUGAGAGUGUCAACUCCGAAACCUCAACGAUGGCAACGCAUGAUUUUAACGAUGAGAACAGCGACUAUUCCCCCGGCUUAAGUAAAGACCCAACACCGUCGCCGCCACCGGACGUAUGUUAUACUGAAGAAAUAGAGACGCUUAUGACGCAGGGGGCCCAGGAAACAACUGAGUUAAGACCGGAGCCUCUGGAGAGUGAGUGCGUUACCCAAAAGCCCGAGGACACUGGUCAGGACACCAAGGAGCCUCUUGAAACUAGGCAGCUAAACGAAAGUCCUAAGGAAACUAAAGAACUGGAAGAGAAAGACCCACAAACUAGGCAGCUAAAAGAGGUCCUCGAAAGUAUAUCGCCUAAGGAAGAGCUGCGGGAUACUGAACAGGUCACCGAGGAGCCGCAGCCCUUAGACGUUCAAAACACCAGAGAGCAAAAAGAGGAGCUUAUCAGCAUGGAGACAACUGAAAAUACACAGCUACCUGAAGCAAUUGGAACCGACACAGAAACGGACACUGCCGAGGAGUCCUUGCGGUACGAUGACGCCCACCAGGAACCAGAAAGUAAACGCUUGAAAGUAGAUAUUUUAAACGAGGAAACCCGCCCGAAUUCACCGUCAAGUGAAGCCGCGGAAAGGCAACGCCUCAUCCACGAGUGUCUCACACGUCCGGCUCAAGUAUGUUUGAAGAGGUUAACGGCACGGGACAUCGAGAAGCUUCGCGGAGUGCGGGUGCGUAUCAAGCGAACCAACAUAUCGGAUUACUAUCGCGAGCAGGCGCUGCAUAAGCGAAUCCGAAUCGAAUCGAGUCUGAGGAGCCACAGCCACUCGCACACCGAGGACAGCAAUGCAUCGUCGCACAGCUACGAUGCCAGUAAAUAUGGUAGGCGUCGCUUUAAAAAGUUCGUGCACAUUACAUCCGACUCGCCAGCUCCUUCGCUAUCGUCCACACCGUCGCCUCGGAUGAUCGUUAAGCCGGUCUUCAAGCACAUAACAUCCGAUUCGUCCACAGAUCUGGAGGAGGUGCCGCACGCUGCUUCCGCCCUCAGAAGACGAGGGCGCGGACGAGGUCGAGGACGAGGUGGUUCGCGACAAACACCAUCCUUUCCGCCCGAUGUGAUCGAGCUGUCCUCGGACUCGCAGUCCUCCUCGCCAGUGCCGGAAGCCAACCAUCCGAUGAUUCACUUUACGGAUGUCAUGGAGAUGGAUCCGCUGUACGAGGAGGCAAUUGUUCCCUUCUAAAACGCCGUAGGCGUCGUUCUACGUGCUCGGAACGAAUGCCGGCGAGGGGUUGCAAGGAGUUUAAGCAGCGCGGAAUGAUGAAAAUGUAUAGCUGGAAAAAUCGAGUUUGUCUCGCUUGUUAAAACGCAAUUAGCCUGGGGCACAUUCGGUAUUUGCUUUUGCUCGAACAGUGCCAGGAUUCUGAUGAAAUUAUUUUCAUGUACAUCUGUUUGUCCAAGUUUCCGGCUCGGUUUUUAUUUGGACUUUAACGACGCCCGCGGCUCACAAAACAAAACUCUCGACCAGUUCAGGCCAACACUCAAUGGGCAAAGCAAACGCAUCCGCUCUUCAAUUAACUGCCUAAUUGAUAUGCAUUGUGGUUGUAAAAAACCAAAUUGGCUGCACGCGUCGGAGGAGCUCUUGAACGUGGAUGACGACGCCGGCGACACGUGACUGUUGGUGUGAAUUUUAGUGGCAAUAUUCUUGUAUCAAUAACUAAGGGGCUGGGAGUAUAAAAACCGAACAGGGAAAUUAUGUGGCAUCUAGUGUGUUGGAAAUUGUUAGUAGUUCUUCUUAUUAGUUAGUAUUAAAUAUGUUUAAAACUUCAAUUACAAUUAUAAACUAGUUUUUUGUAUCUAAUUUGUACUACCUAGGAGUGUACUUAAGAAUUUUUAUUUUACUAUUGUAAAAUAAGAAAUUAUGAUGAAAAAUAACUUCCGCUUUGUUUCUAGUUUUUGGUUCCAAACUUGUGUGAAUAAAUAAAUAAGGAAAAGAAAAACUUGUA